AUGCUGCCUUUAGCGCUCCUUGGGGCUGUCGGAACCCUUGUCUUUCUGCUGUUUCGUCUGCUAUCCAUAGGUCAACGGCCCAAGAACUACCCUCCUGGACCUCCUACCUUACCUAUCAUUGGUAAUAUUCAUCAGAUGCCCACUCGCGAUGCCCAUCUGCAGUUCCAAAAGUGGGCACAAGAAUACGGGCCCGUCUACAGUCUGAUUCUAGGGACCAAAACCAUGGUCGUACUGUCAAGUGAUCAGGCUGUCAAAGACCUGUUGGAUAAGCGAAGUGCGAUGUACUCUCACAGACAGGAGAUGUACAUCGGCCAAACGCUAUGCAGCGGAGGGCUUCGAAUGCUUAUGAUGGGAUACACCCCAAUCUGGCGAAGAUUUCGAAAAAUGGUCCAUGGCCUCCUCAAUGUGACCGCUGCCAAGUCCUAUGUUCCCUAUCAAAUGCUCGAGAACAAACAGAUGAUGUACGAGUUUCUCACUCAGCCGGAACGCUUCCUGUACAGCAUUCGUCGCUACUCCAAUGCUCUGACCACCACUAUGGUCUUUGGGUGGCGCACGCCGACCUACGAGGACGAGAAAAUGAAACAACUUUUUGACGGCUUCGCUGAGUUCGCCGAGAUAAACCAGACGGGAACAGCUGCCCUCAUUGAUUUCUUCCCGUGGUUGAGACGGCUGCCGGAGUUCCUGCUCCCGACGCAGAAGAGAGCCAAGGAACUCCACGAGCGGGAAAAGGCUCUGUACGUGGGCCACUAUCUGCGAGCAAAGCAGGAUAUCCGUGACGGAAAGAUUAAGCCCUGCUUUUGUGUCGGUCUCGCCGAGGCCCAAAAGUCGGAUGGAUUCAAUGACGAGCAGGCUGCGUACAUCUCCGGGACAUUGUUGGAGGCCGGUUCCGACACCACAUCCAGCACACUGUAUGCGUUCGUCCAGGCGAUGUUACUCUUCCCUGAGGUGCAACGCAAGCUUCAAGAGGAGAUUGACCGUGUCGUGGGAUCCCGCAUGCCAACGAUGGAUGAUGAGCAGGACCUGCAGUAUGUGCGCGCUUGCAUGAAAGAGACCCUGCGCUGGAUGCCGACGACCAUUCUUGGCGCGGUACCGCACGCCGUCACACAAGAUGAUGAGUAUAUGGGCUAUCUUAUCCCAAAGGGGGCUGGUGUCGUAAACAACGUGUGGGCCAUCAACAUGGACGAGAAGCGUCAACCCAACCCGCGGGAUGAUCGCCAAACCUUGGCUGAAGCAGCCGCCAACCCUGAUGCCACCAAGCGAGAUCAGUUCACGUUUGGUGCCGGUCGCCGAAUCUGCCCUGGAAUCCACAUUGCCGAGCGCAGCCUGUUCUUGGGCAUCUCACGCAUGAUGUGGGCUUUCAACGUGGAGGCAGCAUUGGAUGAAAAGGGGCAGCCAAUCCUGCCUGAUGCAGAUCGUUUGACUCAAGGGUUUGUCUGUAUGCCCGAGGAGUUUCCUGCUCGUAUCACACCACGGUCGCAGGCCAAGGCCGAUAUGGUCAUCAAGGAAUGGAGGGAGGCUGAGCAACAAUGCUUGGAUCCAGAGACUAAGCAGUGGUUGCUCUCGCCAGUGCAAUGA